AUGACCUUUUGCCUCUGGAAUAACUUUCUUCUGGCAGAUCCAGGGGAACUUGAUGAGGAGGAUAAGUGCACUGAAACGGGUGAACUUGCCACCUGGGUUUGCACUGUGUGCUGUCGCAUUGAGGACCCAGGUCCUGCUGGCCUAGGCAUUACUGGCCGAGGCGUUGAUAAUUUCAUCACGCAUCUCUCUACUCGAGAACAUGAAGUCAAGCUUUACGAAUGGUGUCCCCCCAGUGGCGAUUACAUCGACGAGGAACUCGAGGGGUUCAAGGAGGAGUACCAGGGGUUCGACGAGGAGGACGAGGAAGCCAGACGAAUGCUACUACCAUGGUGUGGAUGAGGAAAACCAGCAGGGAUGUAUACUCGUACAACAACAAGGAAGCGGUUGAAGCCAGUGUUGUGGCUCCCCUUGACUCUUUAGCAACCUGUUCUAAUAUCUGAAAACGUUGAGAUGUCUAAUCAUUUGAAUUCGGGUGUUUUGUUGAUGAAAACUAAAACAUUAUAGGCUUAAGAGAGAAAGCACAAGAAGAUGAGUGAAGAGGAGGAGGAGGAGGAGUACAUGGCCCCUAGUNUUUUUUUUUUUUUUUUUUUUCAUUUCUAAUGCCUUUCCCUUUCGUAUUGUGAAUGCUUUGUUUAUGUCGCGUUAACUUAAUGUCGCGUUAAACUUAUACUAUAACUUGAGCUUAUUUUUCAUGUCUCUGUUCUUUUUUUGAGAUCGGACCGGAUAGUAAGUUUCAGAUGAUCAA